AUGGAUUGUACAGAUGCUCCUCAGGUCAUUGAGCACUUGAAGGAGCAGCUGAAUUUUACACCCUUCGACACCCGAUGGGUCCCUCAGAGUGCCCGCUUUGUGGUGUUGGGGCAGUACCCCCGCGCCACCGGCUGCAUCCGUGUGUGCCAGCUGAACAAGGGCAAGUCUGAGAAGCUGGCCGAGACGGAGCAGCCGAAGGGCUUCAAGUGCGGUACCUUCGGGGCAUCCUCCAUCGAGGAUCGCCAUCUAGCUACCGGCGACUACGCGGGCGGGUUGGCCUUGUGGGACCUCGAGAACAUGAAGAAGCCCAUUUGGAGUGUGAAGGGCCAUGACCUGAUUGUCAACGCCAUCGACGGCUGUGGAGGCCUGGGCAUUGGCAGCGGCGCUCCCGAGCUUGUAACGGGAAGCCGGGAUGGUACUGUCAGGGUCUGGGACCCCCGCACGGAGGACCCGGUGCUGUCGCUGGAGCCCGUGGAGGGCGAGACGCCCGCGGACUGCUGGACGGUGGCCUUCGGCAACUCCUACAACGACGCAGAGCGAUGCAUCGCUGCAGGAUACGACAAUGGCGAUGUCAAGAUCUUUGAUCUGCGGACCAACACUCUUAGAUGGGACACCAACGUCCGCAACGGCGUGUGCCACCUGCAGUUUGACCGGAAGGACAUCCGGAUGAACAAGCUGGGUGUCUCCACCCUGGAGUCCACCUUGGUGGUCUACGACCUGCGCACGUAUCAUCCUACCGAGGGCUACGCUGGCAGAAAAGAGAAGGUGACAAAGAGUACCUUGUGGGGCGCCCACUUCCUGCCGCAGAACCGGGAAGUCUUUGCCUCUUGUGGCGGCAAUGGCACCAUCACCCUCUUCAAGUACUCCUAUCCGGAGGAAAGGUCCAUCAAGGACAAGGAGGGCAUUGAGCGUGGAGUCGCAGGCACAGUGGAGAUGCUGAAUCAGAAGGAGCUCUCCACGCAGCCGGUGAUUUCCUUUGAUUGGCACAUGAACAAGACCGGCCUCUGUGUGUUUGCAUGCCUCGACCAGACUUGCCGUGUGGCCAUUUGCACCAAGCCGGCGCCCCAGGGCAACACUGGUCCGAGUCGGUAUAAGCAAGCAUCGCCCAAAGUGCCGAAGGCGACGCCGGGGAAGGUCUCGAGCGUCAACGGUGAGACACCCAUCAAGGAAGCCAAAGACAGCUGUGUCACUCUCAGCACAGGGCGGCGACUGAAGCCCUCGCUGCUGGGGGGGCUGGUGGUGAGAUACGCCCCGUCCUUCGGGGCGUCGGGCUCCCGUCUCUUUGCCGCCUGCGGCAAAGUGGUGCAAAUGUAUAGCGCCAGGACAAGGCGGCCCUUGGGCAUGUUGCCCCACGAGUCGCCAGUGACCGCAGUUUGUGCAGGGGCCAAGCGCUCCGACUGCGCCCAGCCGUUGGCCACUGGCACCUUGUCAGGGGAGCUCUGCAUUUGGGAUGGCAAAGGAACGCGCUUCUCGAGACUGGACAUGGGCAAGCCGGUGCUAGAUAUUCAUUGGCCUCUAGAGGGCAAGAUCAUCGUGACUCUCGGCCAGAGGGGCGGCGACGCCUCCACGGAGCGGGUAGAGCUCAAGUCCUUGGACUCCCUGAGGCGGAGUGGAGAGCUGCCAAUCAGUGCCUCCUGCUGCGGGCCCAGCGACGUGCAGGAGGAGAUGGUGGCACUCAUCGAUGGCAAGGACCUCUGCAUGUGGGCUGAGGGCUGGAGUACCUGCAGAAGGUACUCCCACAAGAGAGAUUUGACUGCGGUGUCUAUCGAUCCCCACAGGAGAUACGUGGCGGUGGGCGACCAGUUGGGCGUUGUGUGGACAUGGUGGGGUGUGCACGAGGAGAAAGUGGAUCAGACUCUGCUGGUGCCGGCUCGCUGGCAUUGGCACGCCCGUCCUGUGCGCACCCUGGCACACAGCGGCCCGCUAAUGCUCAGCGGCGGUGACGAAGGUGUGCUGUGCAUUCGCAACAUGGAAGAUGAGAACGUGAACUUCAUCCCCCGCUUCCCCGCCAGCUUCCGCCACAUCACCGUGUCGCGGGAGGGCAACUUGAUUUGUUGCAGCCUCCAGGACAACUCCCUGGCCUUAGUGGACAGCAUCCAUGGCUAUGUAAGACCGCGCUACAUCCACGCAGUGGACAUUCCAAUGGAGAAGGUGUUCCAGAAGCCAGGCAAGCGAAAACGUGGUGCUGACCCACUGAAGCCUCUGCCGAUAUUGCACCCGCUGGCAGGCGGCGGCGUGGCGGCGUCCUCCGGGCGCCGCGUCGCCUUCCUCUCGGAGCCGGACACCGCCGCGGCGGUGCUGGACCGAGGGGGCAGCACCAGCAGCGAUGAGGCCCAGCGCUGGGUUUUGCAGCAGCUGGUGUUCAGCACCAAUGCCACAUGUAUCUUGACUUGUGAGAGCCGAGUGUCGCCGGCGCUGCAGCGGUUUGAUCCGGAUUCAGCCUUCAGCUGCAUGCUGAAGUGGUGGACCAGGGAUGCCUCGGGGCGCUACUUCCCGGACAGCGUUUGCAACAACCCUCACGCAGACGAUGUGACCGUGGCCCUGGCGAGUCCAGAGGACGAGGGCGUCUUCUUCACUGCGUCUAGAGACGGGCACUUCAAGAUGUGGGACCGCCUGGCUCCCGCCUGA